AUGUCAGCAUCAGGUGAAAGAGGAAACCAGGAGGAGGAGAAGCCUGUGGCUAAUCAGGGAUUAUACAUUGAACUGAAUGUCAAUGACCAGUGGGGUAACAAGGUUUACUUUAAGAUGAAAAGGACCGGACAACUUGGAACCCUCUUAAAUGCGUAUUGUGAUCGUCAAUCGGUAGAUAUUAAAACGAUUGUCUUCUUGUUUGAUGGAAGACUGUUACGCGCUCAUCUAACACCUGAUGAGCUAGAUAUGAAAGAUGGCGAUGCCAUUGAUGCAAUGUUGCAGCAAAUUGGAGGUGGAUUUCAAUUUCUUUAG